CUCUAUUAAAAAUGGUAAUUUGACAAAAACUGUGGCUGUGAAUGUGAGAAUCAAUAUGUUUCUUCUAAUAUACCCCUAUUGUAAUUGUAAAUAGAGAGGGCAACACAAAAUGCAUGUAGAUAAUGAACACUUAUUUUGGAACGGUGAGAGUACUUUAUAGUCACGUGAUUAGCUUGUUCAUUUAUAAUUUCUCAAAAGAUCUGUUUUGUGAGGAGCACAGGACACCUCAAUCAUGGUUUUGGAAUAUCUGCUGCUCAGUUGGGCUUGCCAGAUACGGGGCUAAUAACUUAUGGGGAGAUGGUGUCUGCGGGACAAGAAAUCGCACGUGCUGUUUCCAUACCCUUAAUUGGAGAUGCGGACAAUGGGUAUGGUAAUGCCAUGAAUGUCAAGAGAACUGUCAAAGGGUAUAUUCGCUUAGGUUAUGCAGGAAUACUUCUUGAGGAUCAGGUCUCUCCUAAAGCUUGUGGUCAUACACGCGGCGUGAAAGUUGUGUCCAGAGAGGAAGCAGUCAUGAGGAUCCAAGCUGCCGUUGAUGCCAGGACAGAGUGUGGAGCUGACAUUGUGAUUGUAGCACGUAGUGAUUCACGCCAAGCAAUUUCCUUCGAAGAAUCACUUUGGAGAUCACGUGCUUUUGCUGAUGCUGGGGCUGACGUUCUGUUCAUUGAUGCCCUUGCAUCUAAAGAAGAGAUGAGAUCUUUCUGUGAAGUUUCCCCAUUGGUUCCAAAGAUGGCUAACAUGCUUGAAGGUGGAGGAAAAACACCAAUACUCACUCCGGUUGAACUUGAGGAUAUUGGUUUCAAAAUAGUAGCAUAUCCUCUUUCCUUAUUAGCGGUGUCCAUUGGUGCUAUGCAGCAGUUAGUCCAUGCCAUUUUGGAUGCGAUUUUCACUAUGGGUCAUCCAGAAACGGUCUCUCUGUGCUUUAGUACAUGGGGUGCAUUGGCAGCUAUCAGGAGUGGUCGUUUGCCUUCACCCGGAAGCAUGCCAUCAUUUGAAGAAAUAAAAGACAUACUCGGUUUUAACGUGUACUAUGAAGAAGAGAAACAUUAUGCAUUUUGCACCAGCCAUCUCUCUUCCCAGAGAGAAGUGAUAAGUCAGAGACUGCAAGAUGAGGUGGUUGAAGUAUUAACUCCUGAGGUAUCUCAUUCCUAUAAUAAUGGAGAUAGUACAAGAGGAUCUUUCUCGAGGAUGUGGUCUCGAAAGUUGAGGGUUAAAAUUUCAGGAAGAGAUGGGUUUGACAAACUGGAUAUAAGAAUUCCUGCUGGAUUUUUGGAAGGAAUCACAAACAUAGUGCCAGCACUGGUGGGGGUGAACCUGAAAGAGCUUUUGGACAAUACAAGCUUUGAUGAUGGAGGGAAGCAGUUGCUAGAUUUCAAGGAUACCAUGGGAGACAGGAUUCAAGUUUUCUUGGAGUAAAUGAACCGUGUAAGUAUGGGUUGAGGCCCCAUCUCCCCACUCCACCUGAGUUCAGACCUCAAGCCCAACAAAAUGAAGAAACAUCACUGAAGAAUACAAGGCACUGAAAAAUCUAUUCUAACUAUAGAGAUAUUGAUAUUUGAAAUGACGGCUAAUACCUGAAAUGGAUCUUGACUAUUGUGAGUUUGUGACAAUACCCAGUUAAGUUCCAAACUUUUUUAUUAGUUAGAUUUGUUCAUGAACUUUGAUCUAUUUACCUAGCUUAGUCUUCUAUUAAUUCACUGGAAG